AACGCGAUGUGUGCUGCGUGACGCGUUACAGAUCGAGUGGAACAUAAUACGCGGCAACGAAAAGAACACAAAAAGUCCUUCGCGAAAUCGGCGGGAACAAGGUAGAAUGAUCGAAAAGAAAGACCUCACAUGUCCCCUGUGUUACACAGCUUAUGGGACAGGCUACCCGCAAAGGAUCCCUCGGAUUCUUGACUGCAGUCAUACAUUUUGUACGGAAUGCAUCAUGAAGAUCAAGGAGCUCCAAGGAGACGUGGUGGAAUGCCCAACUUGUAAGUUACGCACACUGCUCACAAGCAGUGUUGACUGUCUGGAGAAGAACAUGGAUAUUCUGACAGCCGUUUUUGCUGCUGAACAAGAAGAGGAACCAGUUUGUAAUUUCUGUGCAUCAAAAGUGUAUCCACCUAAACCUGCACGUUUUUUCUGUACGGAGUGCGCUGUGUAUUCUUGUGGUAACUGUUCAGACGAGAUCCAUUCUCAAAUGGAGUUUCGUACUCAUGGUGUUAGUCUGGCAAGCGCUCAUCAGGAGGCGACAGAGGACUGCUCUGUCCAGUUCCCAUCCCGUCCAUCUUCUGGAAUGUCUAGUACAGGCACCACUUCACGGCCAAAGUUAACAAGCAGGCCCUCGAGUGGUUUAUUAGAUUACAGCUUACUGCCUGAAUGCAUGGACCACAAGGAGAAGUUGAAGUUUUACUGUCGCGUAUGCCAGACGUUGUGUUGUGGCUCAUGUCAGAUCUACGGUGCACACAAGGGACACAGCUGCUUCGAGGUUCACGAGGCCGAGGAGAGAGAGCGCCGGGCGCUAGAGAAGUUACAAGCAUCAGUAGAGAGACAUGGGGACAAAUACAUCAAGGCUCGUGGAGAUGUCCAGCGGAUGAUCGAGGAAGUAAAACAAGAGACAAUCAUUGUGAAAGAUGUGGCACGACGCUAUUACCGAGAGCUCCGAGCAGCUAUCGACGAGGGUGAGAAAGUAUUGAUGCAGGAGAUCAGUAAACGAAGCGACGCCAAACUCAAGUCUCUUAACGAACAAGUCAGCCAAAUGAUCGAUAUAGCAAGUCGAGCUAAAACUGCAAGCAGGAACACAGAUAAAGCUCUCGGCAUGGACUACUACGAGAUGCUUAACAGGAAGAAAGAAGUCGAACACGAGAUCCGCGAGGUUAUGGGACUCCUGUGUGAUACCACGCCCGUCACCACAGCCAACCUGAAGUGCCAGUUUCCCAACCACGAGACUCUGGUCAGCGGUAUUCGCACAUGCGCAAAGCUAGUACAACCUACCGGUCCGCCCGAGAAACUGUCCUGCUCUGUCAACAAGGAUGGAAACGUUGUGGUCACGUGGAACUCCCCAGACAUGACCGCUUUUCUCUACCCUGUGGUGGGCUAUGUCUUACAGUGUACUAUAGGCGAAGACGACGCGUUUGUCGAAGUCUACAAGGGCUGCGAUCGUAUUGUUACAUUUGAUAGAAAGAAGGGAUUACUUCCGGUGGGAAGGCACGUUCAGUUCCAGUCAUGCGCAAUCAACACCAUUGGACGAAGUGCGUGGAGCUUCCCGUAUGGACUCAAAGUCCCGGGAGAGCCUAGUCCUUCGCGUUAAAAUCGAGACCUUCCCGGUAGAACCGAGUCCUUCCCGAUGGAACCUAGUCCUUCCCGGUAAAAUCGAGUGCUUUCCGGUUCACUCGGUAGAACCGAGUCCUUCCCGGUGGGAAGCCAAGCCACUCUGAAUGCCAGUGCUGAAAAACACAAAACGUGUUCCAGUAGCGCGCAGUUAAGCCAGACAUUUUGUUUUGAAAUUGAGGCGAUUACCGGCGAACAUUUUAGCGAAUGCUAGUAAACUAGACCAAACUAAAGGCUAUAAUUUUCUUAAUGAUUCCGUCAGUAUCGAACAAAGCUGUCAUCUUUCGUACAGUAUUGUUUUAAUGCUGUACAGUAAGUCAAAACAGCGACUGAAGUCGGUCUUUCGAUCGUUUACGAAAAGAGCGAUUGUGUUUUUUUUCGCCAGAGCACGCGCAUUCUGAAUAGGGAUAUCCGCAAGUAGAUUUUUGCGGUGAAGACCUUUUGAAUAGAUCAAGUCCUGGUAGAUAGGGGUCAUCCCUCUAAUGCUGGUUUUGCAUGAUUGCAAAUGUUUUUGUCAGGAAAUAAAUGGUUGUAACUUGUGAAAA